GAAUUCCGCGCUGAAAAGGAAGGAGCUAGUUUAGCAGCGAUAGAAGCAAAGCUGCACUAACUAUCACAGCGUGUAUCUAGUUACUUUGCUUUGGAGCAUUGUGACAUAGAACAGAGUUUGGAACAUGGCGGAUAAAGAAGUGUAUGACGAUGCGGUGGAAGAAAGGGUCAUCAAUGAAGAGUACAAGAUCUGGAAGAAAAACACACCUUUCCUGUAUGACCUGGUGAUGACUCACGCACUGGAGUGGCCCAGCCUUACUGUCCAGUGGCUUCCAGAUGUCACCAGACCCGAGGGAAAGGACUAUGCCGUCCACAGGCUGGUUUUGGGGACCCAUACAUCAGAUGAGCAGAACCACCUGGUCAUAGCAAGCGUCCAGGUACCAAAUGAUGAUGCCCAGUUUGAUGCAUCGCACUACGACAGCGAGAAAGGAGCAGAGUUUGGUGGAUUUGGUUCAGUAAGCGGGAAAAUAGAAAUCGAGAUCAAGAUCAACCAUGAAGGAGAGGUGAACCGAGCCCGUUACAUGCCCCAGAGUCCCUGCAUCAUUGCCACCAAGACCCCCACGUCUGACGUGCUGGUCUUUGACUACACUAAACACCCGUCUAAACCAGAUCCCAGUGGGGAGUGUAGCCCUGACCUGAGGCUGAAAGGUCAUCAGAAAGAAGGUUACGGUCUUUCCUGGAAUCCCAACCUCAGUGGUAACCUGCUCAGUGCCUCUGAUGAUCAUACUAUCUGUCUAUGGGACAUCGGGGCCGGUCCAAAAGAAGGGAAGAUCGUGGAUGCCAAGACCAUCUUCACCGGCCACACAGCUGUGGUGGAAGACGUUUCCUGGCAUCUGCUCCACGAAUCACUGUUCGGCUCCGUGGCCGACGACCAAAAACUCAUGAUAUGGGACACUCGAUCCAACAACACGUCCAAAGCCAGCCACGCAGUAGACGCUCACACUGCUGAAGUCAACUGUCUGAGCUUCAACCCCUACAGCGAGUUCAUUCUGGCCACUGGUUCUGCUGACAAGACUGUUGCAUUGUGGGAUCUCAGGAACCUCAAACUGAAGCUUCACUCCUUUGAGUCUCACAAAGAUGAAAUUUUCCAGGUACAAUGGUCUCCUCACAAUGAGACCAUCCUGGCCUCCAGCGGCACCGACCGGCGUCUCAAUGUCUGGGAUCUCAGUAAAAUUGGGGAGGAGCAGUCAGCUGAAGAUGCUGAAGACGGACCACCAGAACUGCUGUUCAUCCACGGUGGACACACAGCCAAGAUCUCCGACUUCUCCUGGAACCCCAAUGAACCCUGGGUCAUCUGUUCAGUGUCUGAGGACAACAUCAUGCAAGUGUGGCAGAUGGCAGAGAACAUCUACAACGAUGAGGAGCCAGACACCCCUGCAUCAGAGCUGGAGGCCCAGGGAUCAUAACCCAGCUCUGCAUGACUCUGUCCAGACACAGCCCCUCCUCCUCCUCUUCCUCCUCCUCCUCCUCCAUCAUCAUCCUCCCCCUGAGCUCCAGACCCAGCCCAGCCUGUCGUUUCCCUCUCUGGCUUCAACUCUGGUGCAAAUGAAAAA